AAAGGGUUAAUGCAACUCAGAGGGGAGAAGCACAAUGCAAAAAUAUAUGACGCCAUUGUAGCAGCUCUUGCGCAGAGCGGCAUCAGGAGAACUCGCCGGCAGGUGCAGACCAAGAUCGACAACCUGACACAGAGAUACAAGUAAGCAACGUGCACUAAGCAGAGAACGAGAACAGGGGGGCGCAGGAAAGUCCUAGUUUGGCGGUACUCGGAGAUAUGUAAUAACUAGGGGUGUCAUGCUUAUAGUGUUCUUGAGGACCGCGGAUUCAAGGAACUCAUGGCAGAGGCUGUUCCUAACUAUCGCCUACCAUCGUGCACCACGCUUUCACGUACCCUUGUUCCGCCCUUGUUUGAUGACACAUGGAAGAAAUAGAAGGACGAGCUCGGCAGUGCUUUUGAAGGGGGUACAGCUGCUGUCACGUUUACCAGCGACAUGUGGACAUCACGCACCAACGAGAGUUAUGUGAGCUUCACUUGCCACCUUCUCACUCCAAGUUUUCGGAUGAAGCGGUUCACGCUUAACACUCGCCACGUGGCUGUUAGCCAUUCCGGCAAAAACAUCGCGCAAAUGCUUCUCGAGAUGUGUGCGGAAUGGGAAAUAUCGGAUGGCUGCCGCAAGUACAUCGUCACAGAUAACGGACAUAACAUCCGUGCCGCGGUUAGAAGGCUCCUGUGGACUGAGUGUGCAUGUUUCGCCCACACCCUGCAGCUAGCUAUUCAUGAUGCAAUCCCCAACACACUGUCAAAUGACCGUCUGUGCAAGAAAACGAGGCAAAUCGUGGGCCACUAUAAGGACAGCUCGUCUGCGCAAAAGAGAUUAGAUGAGUACCAGAAGAAUAUGGACAAAGAUCCACUUUGUCUGGUGCAAGAUGUAGAUACAAGGUGGACCAGCGAAUACCUAAUGCUGUCCUGCCUCUGGACUUGAAGGAGGCUGUCUCUGUUGAGCUGGCAACGUCAAGCAGCAGCAUUGGUGGUCUCUGAUCAGCAGAAUGGAAAGAGGCACUUGAAUAUGUGGAAGCACUGAAGCCCUUAUACGAUGCAACUGUGAUAACUAGCGCAGACAAAUACCCAUAACUUUCCACUCAGAUACCAAUUAUUUUUGGCAUGCUAAGUUGCCUAAAGUUGCCUCAGAAACUUUAGCGGCACAACAGGCUUUCAUAAGGAACUGGCAAGGUCUCUCAAUACCAGAUUCCCCUUGUAUGCCGAGGAAAAAGAAGCAUGCUUGGCCAUGUUUUUGGACCCACGCUUCAAGUCUACGGUAUUCAGAAACAACAAACAAAAGGUGAUGUGGUUGAAAGAUCUGGUGCUUCAAGAUAUUGCCCUAUGCCCUGCUGUGGAAGUCACGCAGCAAGCAGCAAAAGUGCAGGAGCCACAACAGUGUGUGCAGCCAUCCUCCGAUGUUUGGAGUGCUUUUGACAAUCUUGCAAGCAGUCAAGUAGCAAGUUCACCAUUGUCUACUUCAGAAUGGGAAAUUAAUGCAUAUUCUGAAGAAGCCCUACUGAAGAAAGAGAGCAACCCAUGUGACUGGCGGCGGACUGUGGGCACCUUCAGAUACCCCAGUAUGGCAAAGCUUUGCCUCAAGUACCUACCAAGUACGUCUCCCUGGCCAUUUUUUUCCGAAAUACACAGGGUCUUGGGUGCACUGCCGGCGAAUGAUCGCUCCCUCAUUCAGGAGAGCCCUUGCUCUCCAGAUGAAACUGUUGAAAUGAUAAUUUCCAGCAUGGAACAUUCAAAUGGAAAUACCUCAGGAGAGGAGGAGGUGGCAGACACAGUGGAAGACGCUGCAAGCGAUAGCCAAGGGCCUGCAUCCACCAGACAACAGUGCCGCCCACAAAAACGGAUGAGGCAGAGUGCCGCAGAGAACUUCCGCAAUAACUUGCUGGAGCAACAAAAUGAACUGAUAGCUACAUUGCGAGAUGCAACUAAAGUUGAUCAAGUUCUGCGGGAGCGGCAAGUGAAUGCCCAAGAGAAGUUGGUGGACCUGCUGUCCCAGUAUUUUAAUAAAUAAUUUCACUUUUCGACUUCUUGGCUUGGCUAGUGGUUCACCUGUUAGUGAAAGUGCAUGGCAACUGCAGCUAAAAUGUUUUUUCCAGUUUCGAUGAGUGCAUCCGUAGUGUGUGUUGGCAGCUGAAAUAUUGUGUUGUACAGCUGCGCCUCACCGAUCCAUUGCUGCGAUACUGCUGACAUUGGUAAGCUGCGAUACUGCUGACACUGGUCACGUGAGAAAAGAUUCUACGCUCGUGACCGAGGAGAGAGUGACGCUUCAAAGGCUUGGAUAAACGCCAGCGACUGCGCAUGAAAUUGACAACUUCAGCCGACAAAGCGACACAGAGAUAGCAGCGAUGGAACCUGCAGCCCCGUACACUAUCGUCAACCUUGAUUUUAACGAUCUUUUCAGAAUUCUGAGUAACCACUUGUGCUGAGAAAAAGCGAAGCUAGCCUGCAGUGAUCAUGAUAACGGUCUGGUAGUGAAACUGUACAUGAUGUGCGACAACUGUGGUGAGAUCGCGGAUGCGUGGAGCUCGCGCCGAGUGGAGCAAUUGAAAAGGUCAACAACCUUUGAGGUAAAUAUGCUUGCGGGACGUGCGGUGCUUUCGACUGGCAAUGGCCAAACUGCCAUGAACAAUAUAUUUUCUGCCGUGGGGCUGUGCCGGCGAGUAAGCACAAGAAGACAUUUCAGUGGCAUCUGAAAAAUAAGCUGGAGCCCGCUGCUAGGUGCGAGUGGCCGAAGAAGUUGUACGACAGUGCGCGUGAGAAGUCGCAUUGCUCUACGAGGACUUGCGCUUCAGACACAGGGGUAAUGUAGCAGUAUUUUUUGAUGGCAACUGGAUGACACGGUCAUUCUUUGCACAUUGGCGUUGAACCUGUUGUUGAAGUAUUUACCGUUUAUGUUCUAGACUACGUAGUGCUAUCGAAUUUUUGUUUGGGCUGCGAGUUCGGCCCGAGGCCGGGUAGCGAGUGUUACGAGUAAUGGAGAGAAGCUCAUCCAUGCCAAAAGAACACCAGCAGUAAAUCUGGGCAAAUGGAGGUAGAAGUAGGCCUCAUUCUUUUAUAAAGGCGCAAUCUUCGCUAUACAACAGUCUUGUGUGACGGCGAUAGCAGAACGUACAAUGCUAAAAGGAUACUAAAGUUUAUGGCUUUAUUGACGUGGAAAAAGAAGACUGCACCAACCAGAUUCAAAAGCAAAUGGGGACGGUCUUAAUAAACUUUGUGCAAAAGCAGAAAACAAAACUGUAGUAGGAAAGGAGUGACUCACUGGUGACCUCCAUCACCAGAUUCUGCCCCUACCAUGGUUGUGCACUUAAAAGUCACAUGAAGGGGAUCUGGAUGCAAUGCAGCAUGCUGUGAUGGCCCCGUACUAUUAUAUUACAUCCACUGACCAGUGCACAAACCACAGCUUGUGCCCAUGGUGAGCAGAUGUGCUCGCAGAAUGCCGCAAAAGCUGAAGGAGUGCCUGACCCAAAGCAUAAAGCAUAAG